AAGGGAGGGCCUGCGAGGCCUCGUGCGUGGUGUCCGUGUAACUGCGAGGAGGGGACGACUCGGGGGCCCGUGGGUGUCCAGCCCCACCCUCCCAGGCCCUGACUCCGCCCGGUCUCGCGGGGACCCAGCGCCCCCCAGGAUGUUCAAGAAGUUUGAUGAAAAGGAGAAUGUAUCCAACUGCAUCCAGCUGAAAACAUCUGUUAUUAAAGGCAUUAAAAAUCAACUGAUAGAUCAAUUUCCUGGUAUUGAACCAUGGCUAAACCAAAUUAUGCCAAAGAAAGAUCCCGUUAAGAUAGUACGAUGUCAUGAACAUAUAGAAAUCCUCACAGUAAAUGGAGAAUUGCUGUUCUUCAGGCAAAGGGAAGGCCCUUUUUAUCCCACGCUGAGAUUACUUCAUAAAUAUCCAUUCAUUCUACCACAUCAACAAGUUGAUAAAGGAGCCAUUAAAUUUGUACUUAGUGGAGCAAAUAUAAUGUGUCCUGGGCUGACGUCUCCAGGAGCUAAACUUUAUCCUGCUGCUGCUGAUACGAUCGUGGCAAUAAUGGCAGAAGGAAAGCAACAUGCACUGUGUGUUGGAGUCAUGAAGAUGUCGGCAGAUGAUAUAGAGAAAGUCAACAAAGGGAUUGGCAUUGAAAAUAUCCACUAUUUAAAUGAUGGUCUCUGGCACAUGAAGACGUAUAAGUGAAGCAGCAAAGUGUGCAACACCCAAGGGAAUGCACUUCCUAUCAACGUGGACUACUUUGUAAUUCUUCUGUUUUAAUGUGUGACUGAAUGUACAAACUUAUUUUGUUCUGUGGCUAUACUAAAUAAAUCAAGUGAACGCGGAAGAA